UUAUAACAGGCAGCAGGGGCAUCAGAUCUGUGCAUAGUAGCAGCUAGGUGUGGGCUUUGCGUGUCCACCUCAGUGACCGGUGUGGCCUCAGCUGGCACACAUCCGCACAACUUAUUGCCGAGUCAUCGGGACAGACACGCAGCCCGCGUCGGGACGGUGUGCUCCUGCUCUGCACCGUGUUUAAAGGCCCGCGGGCCGGACAAGUGAUGUCGGCAGCAGUGAAAGACGAAACUACAACACCGAGACACCGCCGCAGGGCUGAAAGGAUCCACGUUACCGUCACAAGUGUCACGGAGAGCAGAGACUUCAUCGUUAGAGGAGACUGCACCGUCAGACAGUUUAAAUGGGGUCUGUCAGAGCACCUGGGAGCCUCAGCAGAGGAGCUGGUUCUGAUCCACUCCAGUCGAGUCCUCAAAGACUCUGAACCCUUGAGUCACUUUAAAGGACUAAAUGGGUCGGUACGCCUCAGCAUGAUCCAAAGGCCUCAGCAUUCAUCUGCUCCACCUCCCACUGACCCAGACCUCCACCCUGAACCGGAUAACAUCACACCUUCCCCUACUUCUCCUCUCUGCCUGGUAGAAGGUCUGGACAGCCUUGUCCUUGAAGACAGCGGGACUAGCUUCUUCCCGGAGCUCCAGUGCCAGAUGGAGAACAGAUUGCUGGCUGACCCAGAAAUGAUGCACCGUCUCCUGGGCAGCCCCUUUGUGCAGAGCACCCUCUCCACCUCUAGCCCUCAACUUAUCAGAAAGCUCAUUCUGUCUAAUCCCCAAAUUCAGCAGCUCCUGCAAACAAACCCAGAAGUGGAAGAUAUGCUUAACGACAAAGAUGUCAUAACACAGUUGCUGGAGCUCAUCAAGAACCCUGACAUGAUAGAAGAAAUGAUGAACAAUGAGGACAAAGCUUUAGAAAAUUUGCAGUCAGAGCAGGAAAAUCCUGAAGUCAUUACUGACAAUUCUGACCCAGAAGCAAAAUUACAGAAGGUAGGAGCAUCUGCAUCGGUGACUACAUCACCCGGAAAUCACCACAUACUGGAGGGUGAAUCCAAUCAGACGUUCUCUGGUCACUCGACAGAUCCUCUCAGUGAACUGACUGCCACAUCCAGAGCUAGGUCAAACUCUCAAAGCAGCAUCACAGCAGGCAUGCAGUCACUGCUAGAAGAGAUCACUGCCAGUCCAGGUCUAUUGGAGAGCCUGCUGUCUGGGCCAUACGUCAGCAGUCUUUUAAACUGCCUUAGCCAGAACCCUGACCUGGCUGCACAGAUGCUUCUGAGCCACCCUUUGUUGGCUGGAAAUCCUCAGCUGCAGCAGCAAAUGAGAAAGGAGAUCCCUGUCUUUCUGCAGCAGAUGCAGGCUCCAGAGCUGCUCUCGGCCAUGUUGAACCCCAGAGCCAUGGAGGCUCUGUUGCAAAUCCAACAGGGCUUGCAUACUCUGGCUGCAGAGGCUCCAGCUCUCAUACCUGCGAAUGCUCUCGGAAACACUGGAACAGGUAUCGGUGCCACUUCUGAGCAUCCAUCUGACUCCAUUCCGAACAGCCAAUCAGGAAGCGGCCAACAGGCUGCUUCAGCGACAGAGCAGCAGCAGCAGCAGUUUGUACAGCAGAUGCUACAGGCCCUGGCUAACACUAAUAACGAGGUCCAUCACAGAGAGAGAGAGUUCAAGGAGGAGCUGGAGCAGCUGAGCUCAAUGGGCUUCAGAGACAGGAAGGCGAACCUUCAGGCCCUCAUCAGCACAGGAGGAGAUCUCACCACUGCUAUACAACACCUGCUUAGUCUCUGACACGUAUUCAUCCGUGCACAUAUACACUGCAAAAGAUAAAAACAUAAGAGAAUAAAAAGCCAUACUUACUUGAUGCACUUUCAAAAACUAACUUAUAUCACACACAUAAUGUUAAACUCUGUUUGUUGUCCUACACUUACACUUUAAACUUCAGUCAAACAAAUUAAAGGUCUGAGGAUGGUGAGCGCUGUAUGCAUCUAUGAUAUUGAGGCAUACAGGUACAUGUAAAACUGACUGAGAAGUGAGACAACAGGAGGAGGAUUUUUACAUCCUUAUUGUCCUUGAAGUGUGAGUGUGUGGGUUAAUAUUAGAAACAAGAGAACACAAUGCCUUUCACUGUCUUAUAUGCACCAGUCAUGGUCUGUGUAGACUCAAAAUUCCCCAAAAGUUGAGACACAAUGUAAAAUGUAAAUAACACCAGAAUACAAUGAUUUGCAAAUCUAUUAAACCCAUAUAUUAAUUUUAAAAAAUGAAAAAAAAAAUAAGUUCAUUUCAUAUUUGAUGGUAUCAUCCUUCCCAAAAAAGUUGGGUCAGGGCCAUGUUUACCACUGCGUAACAUCCCCCUCUUCUUUAAUCAGUCUGUAAAAAUCUGGGAACCGAGGAAACCAGCUGCUGGACUUCUGGGAGAGGAAUGUUGUGUUUCUUUGUUGUAUUUUUCACAAUCCUCCAAAUCUUUCCAGUUGGUGAAACAUCUGAAAGGCAGGCCAGUUCAGUACCCAGACUCUUCUACUGAGUCGUGCUGUUGUAAUAGAUACAGUCUGCAUUAGCACUGUGUUGCUGAAAUAGAAAAGCUGUCAUCUGGAUGGAGCAUACGUGUCUCUAGAACCUCUACAUACCUUUCAGUGUUGAUGGUGAAUUUUUAGAUUUGCAAACUUCCAAUUCCUACACACCGAUGCACUCAAGUAUCAUCAGUCAUUAUUGAACUGAACGGCGAUAACAAGCCAGAUAGUUUUAGACAGUUUUCAGCGUCCGUAUUUUCCAGAAUUUCAAAAUAAAGUUUUUGUCACCACAGAAAAAAUUUCCACGUUGUCCAUUUUAAACGAGCUUUGAGAAAAUGGCAUGGAUCUGGAUCACUGUUUACAUGCGGUUUCUUUGUUGCAUUUAACCUGCAUGGUGAACUGCGUUCACAGACAAUAAUUACUGGAAGUUUUCCUGAUCACAUGCAGGGAUUUCCAACACAGAAUCAUGUCUGUUUUUAAUGCAGUCCAGAUUUUUUAGAAUUUUUUUUUUGGAUAAUAUUAUGACAAAAUAUUCAAAAUCUUCACAUUUUUUGCAUUGUGGGAAAGUAUCAGAAUUAUUCCACAAAUUGUAAACUCACUUUUUUGGUGAAUCACAGGCCACUUUUACUUCUGACAAACUCUGCCUCUCGAAGAUGCUCUUUUUAUACUCCAUCACGUUACUGACCUGUUGUAGAUGAACAAAAUCAGGUGUAAAAUGGGCAUUCAAUGUUUUGUUUUUUUUACUAAAAUGUACUUUUCUGGUCUUCCGUUGCCCCAUCCCAACUCUUUUAAGAUGUGUUGCUGCCAUCAAAUUCAAAAUGAGCUCAUAUUUUUCCAGAAAUAGUGUGCGUUUAUGAGAUUUGCGUAUUAUUACAUUAUCUACAUUUUACACAACAGCCCAACUUUUUUGGAACCAGGGUUGUUAUAGACUGUAGACAUAAAACAAUGCAAGUUUGCAGAAAUAUUCACAUUAUAUUGUUAUUAUUAUCAGAAUCGGAAUACUUUAUUGAUCCCUAGGGGAAGUUAUUUAAUCUCUCUGCUGCCACACUUUAAAGCUCAGGCCUCUUCAUGUUGCCACCUGGACAGUCUAAUGAAAGCUUUUAGCACCCUGAGACAGUCAGAUGUCCUGGAUGCACGCAGAAAAUUUGCACUCUCAUUCUCAGCCAACAGACUGAGCCAGGAGUGCAAUAUGUUCCGUGAUGUUCCCACUCUGUCUAGCUGCUACUGCGGCUUCUGCACCACAGGCUCUAAAGACCGUAAAUAAUUACAAAGUUUGUCUUCGAACGUAGACUCAGUUUCAAAAGACGUUCAAAGAAAGAAGAUGACUUCAUGCAAAGUCCAAACCUGCUUGUAGGUCAGUGUUUAUCUUGAGGUUAGACACGUACAGAAAGUGAGGUUUGCACAGCCAAGAGAAAAUCACAUCAGCCAUGAAAUACCUGAUGUGAUGCUCUCCCUUAAGCUUGAGCUCUAUGCUGCAGUAUUUUUGCACCAUAAGGAGCAGGCUCAUUUAUCUCCUUGUGGAUUUCACGAGCAAACAACAGACUGAGCAAUAUCCUUUAGACGACUCGUGGCUCUGUUGUAAACAGAACUAUUAAAUGCUGUUAUUUACUUUGAAUUCAAUUCUGUUGUUUCUCAUUUAUGUAAAUACGUGCUAUUUGUUGCUGAAUUUAUGAGGCUUUGUAUAAGAUGCGUUUCCUCCACGCCUCUGUGUUCAAAUAUAAUGUUCUGCAGUUGUUCUGCAGUAGGGUCAAACAGCAGCAUUAGUUUAGCAGGAUUUUCUGUGGCUACAAAUUGUUCUUUUUGGGUAAUAAUGUAUUAAGAAUAAGUAUGAUUAAGUAUUUAAUCCACAAAAUUGUAGAAAUAACACUCCUCAAAGCUUUUCUUUCUAAUAUCUAAACUUGCACUACCCCACUAGAAACACUAGGUGGCAUUUAGAGUCUUUUAGUAUGGCUUGUAUGAAAAUCAAUUUGAAUCUGAGAUGUAGCAAAGUAGGUCAAAGUUAACUCAUUGUUAUUCUCAUGUUAUUGCCUACAGUAUUAAAAUGUAAGCCAGAAAUCCACAUCUGCAUGCUCACCUCUGCAAGAUAUACAAACUGGGUCAAAUGUGUUAUUCCACUUACUGAAACUGUACAGACCCGUGCACUGAACAACAUUAAAAGAUGUUCUUAAACUGA